CAGCAAAGUGAUCAGAGAGCAGGCAAUCGUUCCCACAGACAGGUUGAGGGAGGUAACGCUUAUUGGAACAACUACGGCGAUACAAAAGCCUGCCUCUCUCCUCUUUACUGCUGUGUUGUAUAUCCUGAGCCAUCCCACAGCUCGGAGUGGGAGUGUUGUGGAGCAGCCACGUGUACAGGAACUGGAGUCUGACAGCUUGCCUGACUGGAACUGGAACCGACGCAGGUCUGUUUGAAUAGGAAAUCCAGCUAGCAUCUGCUAACUGGUUCAUGUACUGCAGCUAGCCAUCUCUGGUUACCAAAGUCGUAUCAACUUCCCCUUCCUACUUUACAGGCAGUCAUGUCUGUUUGGAGAAAGCUAUGGCGCAGGAACUGCCUAGCUGUGUCCCUGCUUUGCUACAUCCUGCUACACGCCGUGGAUGUGCAUGCACGGCCAGCCAACAUGUCCGCCGCAAAAGACAAAUCUCCAUCUACCAAGGAUGAGAAUGAGAUCCUUCCCCCUGACCACCUGAACGGAGUGAAGAUGGAGAUGGACGGCCACCUUAAUAAGGACUUUCACCAGGAGGUGUUUUUGGGUAAAGAUAUGGAGGAGUUCGAUGAGGACUCGGAGCCCAGAAGGAACAGAAAGAAGCUUGUUGAAAUUUUCUCAAAAGUUGAUUUCAACAAAGACAGGAGUGUGAGUGCUAAGGAGAUGCAGCGCUGGAUUAUGGAGAAGACAGAAGAGCAUUUUCAGGAGGCCAUGGUGGAGAACAAGAACAGUUUCCGAGCUGUUGACCCAGAUGGUGAUGGUCAUGUGACUUGGGAUGAGUACAGAGUCAAAUUCCUGGCCAGCAAAGGUUUCAAUGAAAAGGAGAUGGCUGAGAAGAUAAAGAACAAUGAAGAUCUGAAACUGGAUGAGGAAACUCAGGAGGUUUUGGAAAGCCUGAAGGACCGCUGGUUUCAAGCCGACAACCCCCCAGCAGACCAGCUGCUGAAUGAGCAGGAGUUCCUGUCUUUCCUUCAUCCCGAACACAGCAGAGGGAUGCUCAAAUACAUGGUGACGGAGAUUGUAAGAGACUUAGACCAAGAUGGUGAUAAGAAGCUGACCCUCUCAGAGUUUAUCUCCUUACCUGUGGGCACCGUGGAGAACCAGCAAGCUCAGGACAUCGACGACGAUUGGGUGAGAGAGAGGAAGAAGGAGUUUGAGGAUGUCAUUGAUGCAAACCAUGAUGGCAUCGUAACCAUGGAGGAACUGGAGGAGUACAUGGACCCAAUGAACGAGCACAACGCUUUAAACGAGGCCAAGCAGAUGAUCGCAGUUGCUGAUGAAAACCAGAAUCAUAGCCUGGAGCUGGACGAGAUCCUUAAAUACAGCGAAUACUUCACAGGCAGUAAGCUGAUGGAUUACGCCAGAAAUGUUCACGAGGAGUUCUGAAGAAAUCAUCCUCCUCCUCCAUCCUACAUCUGCAUCAGGGACAAGCCUGAGGGGGCAACAUAAUGAUAGGAUGAUCUAGUGUGCAAUCGUGUGUUUAAAAGCCUAGUCUCAACUGCCUCUUUCACUGCUGGCUAAAAUGUGUACAUCCUCCCUUCCCUUCAGCUCCAGACUAUCUGUUUGAUUGACAUCUGACUCCUGUGUGCCACUGGAUUUUUUUUUUCUUUAAAAUGACGAACUUUUACGAGCAUUUGAGGCACUACAGCACUUCUAAAUUUCUUUGUGUUCUGUUGUGAAAUGUGUGUAUAUGAGGAAUUUUUACCCUGACUCUCUGUUCCCAUUGCAGUGGUGAGAGAGACUGCACAAGCUAGGUGAGACAUUUGCUCUACAGGAUGUUAUUUUCUAGCUGCCAUCAAUGUAUAGUGUAAAUAUUGUCAUGUAUUAAUGCCUCCUUCAGAGAAAAAAGCUGAGAAAAUAAAUGUGGUGCUGCUGACGGGAAGAACUCUUACAGAAAAAUCAUAUCAUUGUGAAUAAAAUGAUUAGUUAUGCUUUAAAUACCACUUAAUUCCCUGAAAUUUAAAGGGUGCCGUGUUAUUUGUGGCUUACAAUUCCAAUGAACUCCAUCACAUCCGUCCUGCUUUAUUGAAAAGGGUUUUGACUUUGUAAAAAUCUAGAAGUAGCUUUCAAAAAUGGUCUCAGUGGCUUACAGUAGUCGCAAGUAGCACAGGCUUUCAUAUAUAACAUUCAGAGUUCUAAAAGCUUAAACUGAUGACAGAUUAAUAUAUAUUUUAUUUUGACUGAAGGAAAAGCACUGGUGUUUUUGAAAACUCUAAUGUUUUAAGUUUCACCUGUGCCUGUGAUACUUCUUUUUCUUGGCUAAAGGAAUGCUUAAAUCUUCCUUUUAUUGAUAUGUGGACUAUGAGGAAUUUAUUUACUUGAUCAAAGUAAUUCAAAUUGGCAGCAUCCUUGAUCAUUACACAGGUUUGUGCUUGUUUCUCCUUUCUCAUAAAAGUCGGCUGAUUACGUUGUCCUCAACUCAGAUCACAAACGAUGGAUGGCUCACUCUCUUGUCAUAUUUACCUGUUAAAUUCUGAAUGGGUUAAUUUGCUCUGUUCCACCUGUAUCGUUUUAAAAUGCAUGGACCAACAAUGCUCUGUUGAAACUUUCAAUAACCUGUGGUGUGUUUUUGGAUCCUGCUGCAGGCUUGUCUGUCCUCGGCUCUAUUUGGAUUGUAAAAUAAGAUUUAUGAUGACAGAAUGUGACACAGCUUUAUAAAAUGUAUUGCAAAUAUACCAGUAAACAAUAAAUAUUUCUUAUAAAUAGCACUUGUGGUUGAGGUGUC